AUGGCAUUGUUUGAGAAGUUAGACGUCAACCCGGAUAAGGUGCCCAACACCAAACUUGGCCUCCACAUCUUCCAAGGCGUCCUCGCUAUAGUUAUAUUCAUCCUCGAGAUCAUCUUGUUUCGAGCCGACGGUUCGAUAAUUAACGGCAAUAAUGGCUGGCCAUUUGGUCUGUGUUUCUUAUCUAUCCCAGCUUGGAUAUAUUUAGCUUUGGCGCCGCGAUUUGAGCGAACUCGAAAGGCUGCCCAGCCGCAUGUAAUGGUCGUUACCGACACCAUCUUCGCUAUCUUCUGGCUAUCUGCUUUCGCCAGUCAGGCCUCAUAUAAUACUGCCAACUCGUGCGGGCAAGGUUGCUCCGUUAGCAAAGCUAUUGUUGGAAUAGCCUUCUUCGAAACGUUAGCUUGGGCUGCAACGACAGCCGUUAGCGUAUACACCCUAAGAUACUAUCAACGUACCGAGAGUCUACCCGGCUACGAAAAUAUCGGGACUAGCCAGAAUAUCGACCCGGACAAGGCAGCGUUCUCGAUGGCGCCGCACGAUGAGGAAGCAUAUGCGCCUGUGCAGAUGGACGACCAUCACGAGGAUGAUCAUCAUGACGGUCCUUACGACCCGGAUUCAUUCGGUGGACGAUUUGACAGCGAUACGGCGUACAGACCACACAGCACGUCUCCGGCUCCUCUCGAGAACCCCUUCGAUACCUACCGAACACACAGCACAUCGCCCGCGCACAGCGAUCUGUACGGUGACCCCUACGGUUCUCAAACAUCCAGGCCUCACAUAUACGCCCCACCUGCGGCAGAGGAAUACGACGACGACAGGCCUGUGCAAUUCCCCAGCGCAAACUACGACCGGACGUUGCAUUAA